GAAGGAAUAGACGAAAGAGACCUGCGCGCACACCAAGACACUCUCUCUCACACACGCACACACACAAACACUCUCGCUCUCCUCCUCUCUCUUUUUCGCGGAGCCGGGGGAGAACCGGGAAGGGAAGAAUGAGGAAGAGGUCCGCUGCGCCGCGCGCCUCCUCUCUGCGAAUGCGGGUUUGCUGAUGAAGCGCCGCUCCGGUCAUCCGAUCAUACAGGUCACUCAGGUCGCGCUGCAUGGAAACGAGGAGUAGGCAAGAAGAGCAAAAGAUAAGGGCAACAAAUAAGGGGUGGGAAAAAAAACCCCAGUGUGCAUGGGAAUUCGGACUACUCUUCCCUCCCUUUGUGCGUCUCGGUGGUUGGAUACGCUGUCUUGACUAGCGUAUAAGAGCGCCCUGCGUCUCCAUUACCGUUCCCCACUACGGACUUCACCUCCGCCGCCACUCCUCCUCCACCUCCUCCUGCUUUUACUCUUCCGACUUGCUCGCAUCGCAGAAGAGCCGUUUUACUACUUAACUAGGAACCGUCAACUCCGGAUUGAGAAGGUCCAACAUUCCCAUUAACCUUCAGCUCCGGGUCCCGGUCUCACCAUCAACAUGGGCUUCAGGUGUCACUCCUCUGCCCUGUCUCCUGUGCUGAGACUAGCGGUCGUUACUGUGAUCCUCCUCCUCAAACCCCGGAGCGCGCUGGCCGGUACCGCUCCCGAGCACAGCCUGGGCAGCUCCGUUUCGGUGGUGUCGACAAACAAAACUGAAUGCAGCAAGCCUGAACAGUGCACAAACGGGGUCCUGCUGCCCGUCUGGGAGCCCCGAAACCCGUCCUUUGGAGACAAGGUCGCCAGGGCGACAGUUUAUUUCGUGGCUCUGGUCUACAUGUUCCUCGGCGUGUCGAUCAUCGCGGACCGCUUCAUGGCGUCAAUAGAGGUCAUUACGUCACAGGAAAAAGAGAUCACCAUCAAGAAGCCCAACGGAGAAACCACCACCACGACGGUCCGGAUCUGGAACGAGACGGUCUCCAACCUCACCCUCAUGGCCCUGGGGUCGUCUGCUCCAGAGAUCCUGCUCUCCAUCAUAGAAAUUAUAGGUCACGGGUUUGAGGCCGGCACGCUGGGCCCCUCCACUAUUGUGGGCUCGGCGGCGUUCAACAUGUUUGUCAUCAUCGGACUGUGCGUGUACGUUGUGCCCGACGGCGAGACGAGGAAGGUCAAGCACCUCCGAGUCUUCUUCGUCACGGCAACCUGGAGUAUCUUCGCCUACAUUUGGCUCUACCUGAUCCUGUCGGUGAUCUCCCCCGGCGUCGUGCAGAUCUGGGAAGGCCUGCUCACUUUCCUCUUCUUCCCCAUCUGCGUGGUGUUUGCCUGGGUGGCAGACCGCCGCCUGCUGUUCUACAAAUACGUGUACAAGCGCUAUCGCACCGGCAAGCAGCGUGGCAUGAUCAUCGAGACCGAGGGGGAUCGUCCGCUUCCUUCCAAGGUGGACAUUGAGAUGGAUGGAAAGAUGCUGAAUUCUCAUGGUGUUGACUUCCUGGACGGUCCGCUGGGUUUGGACAUAGACGAGAAGGAUCUGGACGAGGGGGAGACCCGCCGAGACAUGGCCAAGAUCCUGAAGGAGCUCAAACAGAAACACCCCGACAAGGAGGUGGAACAACUCAUUGAACUUGCCAAUUAUCAAGUGCUGAGCCAGCAGCAGAAAAGUCGAGCUUUCUAUCGGUGCCAGGCCACCCGACUCAUGACGGGCGCCGGCAAUAUUCUGAAGAAGCACGCUGCGGACCAGGCCCGAAAGGCAGUCAGCAUGCACGAGGUCCGCUCCGACGCCGGCGACAAUGACCCCGUCUCCAAGAUCUUUUUUGAGCCGGGCUCCUACCAGUGUCUCGAGAACUGCGGCACGGUGGCUGUGAACGUGGUGCGGCGAGGCGGCGACCUGGGCAAGACCGUUUCUGUGGAGUACCGGACGGAAGACGGCACGGCCAACGCCGGGUCCGACUACGAGUUCACGGAGGGCGUCGUCGUGUUCAAGCCGGGCGAGACCACGAAGGAAAUCCGCGUGGGCAUCAUCGACGACGACAUCUUCGAGGAGGACGAAAACUUCCUCAUCCACCUCUCCAACGUCAAGGUGCUGACCUCAGAAGGCGAGGAGCCGGAGGAGAACGAGUCGGCCAAUCACGUGGACUCCGUGGCCUGCAUCGGCAUACCGUCGACGGCCACCGUCACGAUAUUCGACGACGACCACGCCGGUAUCUUUACCUUCGAGGAACCCGUUUGCCACGUCAGUGAGAGCGUUGGCACGAUGGAGGUGAAGGUGCUGAGAACGUCUGGAGCUCGCGGUGUGGUCAUGCUGCCCUACAAGACUGUGGAAGGGACCGCAAGGGGCAACGGGGAGGACUUCGAAGACUCACACGGCGUCCUUGAAUUUCAAAACGACGAAAUCUUUAAAACCAUCAAGGUGAAAAUAAUUGAUGACGAGGAGUAUGAGAAGAACAAAGCCUUCUACAUCGAGAUCGGAGAGCCCCGCCUGGUGGAGACCAACGACGCCAAAGGUCAAGAAGAGGAAGAAAAGCCAAAGGCAGAGGGGGAGGAAGAGGAUCCCCUGACGGGGAAAGAUGAAGAGGAGCGACGUAUAGCAGAAAUGGGCCGUCCCAUGCUGGGCGACCACGUCAAACUGGAGGUCAUCAUUGAGGAGUCGUACGAGUUUAAGAACACGGUGGACAAGCUGAUAAAGAAGACCAACCUGGCUCUGCUGGUGGGGACCAACAGCUGGAGAGACCAGUUCAUCGAAGCCAUCACUGUCAGCGCAGAUAUAAAAAACACGCCAUGUCACCUCUACGGAUGUAAGUGGAUGAUAAGUGAGGAUGAUGACGACGAGGAGUGCGGUGAGGAGAAACUGCCGUCGUGCUUUGACUACGUCAUGCACUUCCUCACCGUCUUCUGGAAGGUUCUGUUCGCCUUCGUCCCGCCCACCGACUACUGGAGUGGCUGGGCCUGCUUCGUCGUGUCCAUCUGUAUGAUCGGACUGCUCACUGCUGUCAUCGGGGAUCUGGCUUCCCACUUUGGCUGCACCGUGGGCCUCAAAGACUCCGUCACAGCAGUCGUAUUUGUGGCACUGGGAACGUCUGUUCCAGAUACAUUUGCCAGUAAAGUUGCAGCCAUACAAGAUCAGUAUGCAGACGCCUCCAUUGGCAACGUGACGGGCUCCAAUGCUGUCAAUGUGUUCCUGGGCAUCGGGGUGGCGUGGUCCAUUGCUGCCAUCUACCACAACAGCAAGGGCCACGAGUUUAAGGUCGACCCCGGCACUCUGGCUUUCUCCGUCACACUCUUCACCAUAUUUGCCUUCAUCUGCGUCGCCACCUUGAUGUACCGGCGGCGGCCAGAGAUCGGCGGGGAGCUGGGUGGGCCCCGGACUGCGAAGGUCCUGACCACCAUGCUGUUCUUCAGCCUGUGGCUUCUCUACAUUCUCUUCUCCUCUCUGGAGGCCUAUUGCCACAUCCAAGGUUUUUAAGAGAGCGAGCGGAAGAUCCCGAAGAGAAGGGUGGGACAGAAGAACUGGAAGGAUAGAAGAAAGGGAAAAUAAAAGAAUGGAUUCUUGGAAAUUUAAGGUUGUCUUAUUGAUCUAUUACUCCCUCCCUCUGUGCAAUAUGUUAAAUGACAAAUGAAUGGAUGUAUGUACAGGUGAAGGACUUUCAGACGCACUCAAGAAUCUAAAAAUGCGGUGAAAGGAAACAAAGACGCGCCGAAGAACAUCAUACUUGAGAAUUAAAGCCACUACAGAAAUUAUUCAACUAAUGGCAAAAAGGAAUACAAAAAAAAAAAAAACAUUUCUCCCCUUACUCCACAAAUCCUCACGCAUCAAGCUGUCUUGACCAAAUUCAUGUUUAAGCCCAUAAGACAAACCUACUGACAUGCACAGAUGUGAUAAAUGUCUUUUUCUUCCAGAUGAAUCAGACAUAAUCCAAAUAUCCAGCCCGAUCAUCAGUGCUCCAAGUGUGACGAUGUGGCCGAAACAGGAGACCUCCUCAAGUUGGAGCAUUGAUUCUCUUGUGUCCAGCUCCAAAAAAGUGUCAGUGCGAGCGUAACACGCAGUAAGAGCAAACCGGAUUCUCGGCCACAUCCAAUUAUCGACAACCAUCUGUGUGUCUGCAGGAGGAUAAGGGUGUGUUGAUGUGCUUAGGCGUGGUAGGACGAUGGUAAACUACUGUGAAAAAAAAAGCCUCUUGUUUUUGCUGUUGCUGCGUAAGACAAACAAUGCUAUUGUACUUGAGGUCCUCUUGACUCUCGCAGGUUGUAGAAAAUGCUGAAUUGGGAAUUUCUGUUCUGGGAGGGGCCCGUUCCGUGUGGCGAAACUUUGAUCAUCGCCGGGGUGACACGUGUAAAUACUCUGAGGCGGACGCACGUUUCAACUCGAUUGAUUUCGUUCUGAAUGUCUUGGUCAAUGCUGAACGCCUCAGCCCCUCCACCCCCUCGAAGGGCCCUUCGUUCUUGUUGCUUUAUAGUGUAGAUGUAAAUGAUUUAAGGUCCUUUCUCAAUCAAAGUUGGUGGUGGGGGUUAAUGUGCUUUUACCUUUAAUAGGGCCAUGUCCGAGAAGACGCACUGGCCACUCUACCGUUAAAAACUGUUAGAGAAACCAUAGUUGUCGCAUUGAUAUCAAAGUUAAUCUUCUUUAUUUGUUUUUUGUUGUUGUUUUUUUUAACACUGUGGGAGCAUCUUAUUUUUCCACAACCCCAUAUUUCAGUGAAAUUGAAAAUCACACAUGCAAAUAUCUGCAAAACCUGACAGACUUUCUGUCAAAUCUGUUCGACGCGGUUGACUCUCUAAACAAGUUGGGACAACAUCCCGUCUCCUAAGCAACCCGGUGCCGGUUGUUCAGUGAGCUAUUUGAAUACUUUUAAUAUCAAGGGCUUUGUUACAACAAAAUACUAAUUCCUGAUUCUGGCUUUUGGUUUAUCAUUCUUAGAACAGACGUGCAUCGGUCAAUGGUGAGGGCCAUGUAACACGUGAUGAUGAACUUUGUUGACUCUUACUUGAUAGAACUUUGCUUCAUAGCAGAAAGUAUUAAGUCUACUACUAAGAAGUGCUUGAUUAUUGUCUCGAUGUGCUCAUAUAAAAAUCACAUCCCUAGUUGAGUCCUAUAACAUUUCGACUAACGCUGUUAUUCUUUCUUUAAGCUACGUCAACUCAUAACACGGCGUAGCUCCCUUCAGACUGAAUCACAACGGGGUUUAGCUACAAGGGAGUUGCCAUUUUAUUCUUAAGUGUCUAUAUUUUCAGACCAAAUGUUUAGUCCAAACAUAAAAGCCAGCUGAUAGAAGAAGAAAAAAAAGGCUAAUGCACAAUUUUAAUAACCAGGUUGUAGCCUUGCAAAGGUGAUGAUACGCCUAAAUGAUUUCAGCAUGUUGUGUUUAUAUGUUCAGACUCUUGAACACUGAUUCACUGGUAAAAUUCCCCGCCAAAAAAGUCCAGUUUUAAUAAUGUAGGACCCAAAUGGUUGUCCUAUAAAUUCUGUGUUACUAAUUUGACUAAAUUUAAAACUUCACACACUUCUGUGGAAGCUUAAGAGAAGAAUUUCAUCGUCUGAUUGCAGAGAGGCAGUGGUCCAAAUGGUCCAAAUGGCAAAAAGUAAAAAAAAAAAAAAAAUGUUAAAACAUCAGCUUUACUCGUCUGUUCAUUCUACAUACCAGACUUUGUAAAACCAAUCAAAACUCAUCCAAAACCACACAUUAAAACGAUGAACGUAUCCUCCGAGAUGUUGGUGUUAAACUUUACAUCAACGGGGGAACAAAAGGAGCCCAAAAUAUUAAUAAGCCUAAUUUGACUGUGAGAAGUUUAGACUUCAGACUGUUAUUUUAUUUAUUCAGCUAUAACCAUAAGGAUCUCAGCUUACACACCCUUGUACUAUAGCACUACUGUAUGCAACUUAAUUGGCAAGUAUUUCCCAUAUGAGAUGUUUUUUUUUGUUUUUUGGUUGUUUUUUUUUACUUGAUGUACAAUAAACAGUAUUUUAAACUAUAACUGUAAAAUAAUUAGUCUGGAUUAGAUGUAAACCGUCGUAAACUUAGCAGUAAUUUCUUGGAAGACCGUUGUCGAUGGCAGUGAGAGUCGAGCAGAGGCCUUCAUUGGGUGUAAAUCCAGAGAAUUUUGAAGGACAUUAUAAAUGUUAUAAGUUUUAUAAAAUAAUUGAGUAGAGUUGUAGACAAUUAGCUGAUAGUAGAGGACGUUUGAUCGGAUAAAGAGCCAACAACCUGGCUCAGACAGCCACUUGUGUUGCUAAUGAAACAAAAUGGCGGAGAAAAAAAAAACAAACCCAACUCUGGAAUAUGAAAAGCUCUGUAUUAGACAGCAGUUGUCGUAUGAAGCCUUUGGAGUGGCAGUUUACCCCUAUUUUGCCAAAGGGACAUCUUUCUAUCAGAAAUAUUUGUAACCCAUCCAGUAAAUGGUUUUCUAAUCCACAUCUCUUUCCAAAAACACCAAAUAUACUAUCACAUUUCUUUAAGGAGCUACAGGAAAUGGGUGUUGUUUUAACCUUUACAGGUCGAUUUUUAUGCAUUUGUCUCUUCACUGGCAUGGAGCUGAAGGUUUAUACACUGUAAACAACUUAAAAUGAAGUUAUGCUCGCACGUGCAAAAAAAAAAAAAACAUUUAAGAAGCUGCAUUAACUUUAAAUGACUUCAAGACAUGAAUUUUCUUAGUCGUUGCAGAAAGUCUACAGGAAUGAAACACUUGCAACAAUGCAGUUUUUAUUUUUUUGCAUUCAGACCAUCUGUUGCACAAUUUUACCAAAAGCAAAGGUUUUUCUUUCGCUAAAAGGCGAGCGUUCUCUCUUGCAACACCAGCAUUGUUGCACACAGUUUCUAUAUGCCUACCUUGACUGGUGGCCUUGGCUAAUGUGCAGCUAAUGGGAGGGGUUCACACCAUCAGAACCAAGGUGGGGAAGCUAAUUUACUGGCUAGCAAAUGUUUAGCGGCAACCAGCAAAUCUGUUAGCUGUGACUGUAAAUACUAAACGGGCAGUUUUUUAUUUUAUUUUUAUUUUUAAAUUCUUUAGCCUAUGUUCUUAUUAAAUAACUGCAAUAGCUCUCGAGUUAGCUUCUUGGCUUGGGCCUGUGAGUAACAAGUCUAAAACACAAAACAAAAGCAUUGAUGGAUUAAACCAAUGAGCUGUAGACUACAGUCAUUUUGGGGGCUUUUUUUUUUGCUGUUCAAUAGUAAGAUUUUAAUAUGAAGGACAAACCUUGCACUGCUUCAUGUUGCCAAGUGAAACGGCUACCGAACCGUUUUUCUAGCAGAGUUGCUUUUGCUGUAAACAGGUUUUUGUUUUGUUUUUUUGUUCUGACUGAUUUACACAGUAAUUACAAUGUUCUUGUAAAAAAAAAAAUAAUAAUGAUAACAAUAAUAAUCCAGUGGUGUUGAAUCAGUUGUUAACCAUUAAUAAUGUUGCUACUAAUGUAAAAGUUGAUAUGUCUCUGUUGCCUAAUUUACUCCUUAACUUGACCGACUGUCUGACAGACUGAGAAACAAAUACAUGCAACACUGGACAGUCAAAUGAAGGACGGAAGGACGGACACCCCCUCUGGUACGAGACGAGCAAAGAAAUGUACCGCAGGGAUUUCAAAAAAAAAAAAAAAAUUUAAAGAAAGUUACCAAGAGUUAUUCUCUACCUUUAAGGUAACGUUUAACAAAUAAAAUUGCAGGACGCUAACAAAGAGAAGACAGAACGAAAAAAAAAAAAAAACACGUGGAGGACGAAGAUGAAAUUAAAAAAUAAAUAAAUAACGAAGUUACAGCCAUACAUUGAUUUCUGGGCCAGUGAGACAAUGGACUCCUUCUGCCCAGCAUGUGUAUUGUUAUGAAGUCUUACCUGUCCUCGUGUGUUUUCAUUCCCUUCCUUUUUCUUUCUUUCUAAAUGUCCUGCCAAAAGUAACCAAAAACAGGCAGUAAUCUUUGUUCAGUUUCCUCCCCUCGAAUAGCCACCGUUUCACCCGCCCUCCGUCUCCAAGUUUUCCAUGUUUUGGAAUGUCGAUGUGCUACUUGUUGACACUGUGCAUGAAUGAUGACAUGCCUGUACAUAGUUAUAGAGAAUCGUAUCCCAUUCCUAUGGUGUUUGACGGGAAGAAGAAGUCUGAAUGUUGUACAGAUUUGGCUCUUUUUCCGUUGAUCUUCUUUUUGGUUACGGUUUGGUGUAGAGCUAAUUUUAUUUAACCUAUUUUUUUUUUUUUUUUGGUUGAUUCAAACAAAGCUGCAGAGUCUCUGAAUUAAUUGCACAUUAUCAUUAACCGAGAUUUAUGUUUAAAGAAUUGGAAAAGGCAAUAUCUGCUGUUAUUGAAUGAGAGAGGAGAUAGCGGAGUUAUAUAUCUUAAAUCUAUAUGACAGUUGCAUGGGUUAUUUGUAAAAAAUAAAAAUAAAAAUCUUAAAAAAAAAAAAAAAAAAGCAGAGAAUAGGGGAGGAAAUACAUGGCUUGCUACUUGUAAUACCAUGGCUGUAUUCUGACAAAUGAAGAAUACUGUAUGUACAUCUAAAUGUUAUUUUGUCUUUAAAGAAAUCAUAUUGUGUAUAUACUGUACAGUGUGAUCAGUGGGAUGGCCUAUAUGGCCAUACGCUAACCAUAGAGAAUUAAUUCAACAUAUUUAUUUGAAAGGAAGAACACUCGCUACACUCAAGAAUGACAUAUAUUGCCUUUUUUUUGGAGAAGUUGAAAACUUGUCUUUCUCUCUGCCUUGUCUCUCCUUUCCUUAAAUUCAGAUUUUUCUUUCCUAGAUGGGUUUGCUUUCCUUAACUCUGCCGUCUAGUUUCCUGCUCCCUUUAUUUUCCAGUUGGGUUUAUUUUUUUAAAGUCGAGCGGUUGCCGUCGAUUUCAGGCCGCGUGGCGUUUGCUGUCGAAUCUUUUUGGCGUACUGUAUGCCUGGCUGCUUUCCACACUGACGCAACAGGAUCUCCAUGCUGACUCCCACCCACCUGAUUUUCUGCCUUGUACCUCUUUAUCUAGUUACGCACAACAUAUCUGCCUGUGUCCUCAAUGGUCUUUCUGUCUCAAAGAAUCACUCAUCUGUAUUUAAGUCCCCCAUCUGUCUUAUUUUUAACCAUCUGUUUGAUUUCUUGGUUACUAAAGCCCUUUGCGUUCACAUUUCAUUUUUAAUCCCUCAAACCGCAUCUUUCUUUGAUACACUCUGCAUGUCCUUCUUUUACCUCUCCCACAACUUCACGUUUGCUGAUUUGGUGUGUGUGUGUGUUUUUUUCUUUUCUUUUCUUUUUGGGGAAAAUGGAACAAUAACACAAGUUAUGUUUGCAAUAAUCAUGUUUUUUUUUUCUUGUUUGUUUAAUAAUUCCUAUAUGCCUCGUUUCUUUGUUGGCAUGUACGUAUGUUUUUAAGUUUUUGUUUAACACCAGUGGGUUAGGCAGAAAGUUGUUCUGUAUGUGUGUCGCCACUAACUGUGACUGCUCUCCAUGGUACUUCUGAUAAGUCCAGUAAAAUAAAGUUUGGGAUACCCAGUUUCAAAGACA